GCGAGGUAGGAGGCAGUUACUCGCUGGGCUCCCUCGCACACCUGACUUCGCGCUUUCUACAGGUGUGCCCGACUUUACCACACCUGUCCCCCCCUCCCACCUUCCCUUUCUUAUCUUAUCCUGGAGACUUGCUAGCAUAUAACCCUCUAAGUGUGACGGAACGAAGGGAAUGAAGGGAGAGUGAUGGGAAAGUGAAAGUUUGCGAAGUCGUGAGAAACUUGUUGAUUGAAGUUUGUGACGAAGAGGAAGAAGACACUGAGAAGAGGAGGAAGAGAAGGAAGAGGAGAAAGAGGGACAAGAGGUGGUGAUUAGUGCAAGGACCCAAACAAUAACCUCAUUUUCUUUAGUGUGUAUAAGUGAAACGAAGACAAAAAAAGCAAAAAAUAAGAGAACAUACCUGUUAAUCAGCGACACCGGACCAAUCUACCUGUUAAUUAAAGACUGUCUCAUCACCGUACCUGUUACCUGUGCUCUCCCUUCCUCCCUCAGCGCCACACACACCUGUCCAAGCGACCCUCCUCACGCACAGACGCAUCCUGCCAUCACAAGUCACUGACACCACCACCACCACCGCCACCACCACCACCACCACCACCACCACCACCGCCACCACCACCACCGCCCAGCAACCACCACACCACCAAAGGAAAUCACGUCUCCCCUUCGUCGUCCUCACGCGGCCCGACGAUUGCUCAAGUGAUUCAAGACUUAUCAUCAGGACCGUAGGACAUCCCCCCCCCCUCCCUCCCCCUCCUUCAGGAUACAUAUAGACACAUACAAGUCGGCAAUCUAGCGAGGCGACAGGAUCCCUCACUUAAUUAGAAAGUGAGAGCUAAUUAGUGGAAGAUACAGACAGGUAGCCUCUCCAUAUCCCCCUUUGCCGUCCUCCUCUCUCUCCGUCUCUACCCCUUCCUUCCCCCCUCCUCUCCCUCUCUCUACUCCUUUCCUUUUCCUCCUCUCUCUCUCUCUGCCCCUUCUCCUUCCCCUUCCUCUCUCUCUCCUUCUCUACCCCUCCCCCUCCUCUCCCUCUCUACCCCUUCCCUUCUCCUCCUCUCUUUCUGUACCCCUUCUCCUUCCCCUUUCUCUCUCUCUCCUUCUCUGCCCCUUCUCCUCCUCUCCCUUCCUCCUUCAGUCUCAUCUCCAACACAUCACUCGUUUAAUCAAGUCGAGGAUAUCUUGGCCUCGUCCUUGGGUCAGCCUCAGCCUCCAGUCGCUAUGCAGCUUCUUAGGUCACUCCUCUAAGCCCCCCCCCCAGCAUUUUGCCCCCUUCCCCCCUCUCAUCUCAAGGCCAUCACUCGCCUCAUCAAAGGUUAGGACACUUUCGGACACUUUCCACGGCCAUACCAGCCGGCCACUUCGUCCUGUCACUAUGCAUCACCUCCCCCUCCUCACCCUCACUAGUAACGCUUCUUAGGUCGUUUCUCCACGCACACGAACACACACACGCACGGAAUGUCAACAGCCUGCACGCACGAGUUGCCACCACGCCUCGCUGAGUGCCCUGGCGUGUAGGGCGAGCCAUGUAGAGAUGCCGACCCCGCGGCGUGCCUGACCAUGAGCGUGGAGGGCCCGCAGCACGCCCCCUCGGCUCUGGGCGGCGCGGAGGGCAUGGCAAAGACAGGAGGCGUGGCGGGGCAUGGCAUAUCCGGAGACGGCCAGAACACGCAGGAGGCCUUGGACGCUAUGUCCGGGGUACGCUACGCCCGGCCUGAUGUCACGGACACCCGCACCACCUGUCUCCGUCUGCUGGGGGACGGAAGGGAUUGGGAGGAGCCGGACCUCUCCUUCGGGUUCUUUUCCGGCUCCCCCGACCUGGCACGCCCCGCCCAAGACCUCCUCCUCGCGCCCCCGAAGACCCACGAGGACAAGGCGGCGGCUCGGAGUUCCUCGCCGCCUGAGGGUUCCCAGCAACCCGAGGCCGCGCACACAUGGAAGGACGAGCCGCUCUUCCUGGUGGAGUCUGAGGCACAGCGGCUCGGCAGGAACCUGGAAGAGCUGCCGAAUGACAUUCAAGAACAUAUCCUUCGCUGCCAGUGCUCCUGCGACCACCUAGGAUACGGCAACUUCUCGAGGAAGGGCGUGUCGAGGCUGACCAAUGGCUGCUCCGGGCGCCUCGCGAAGAUGGUGGCGGGAGGGCAGAGUCAACCCAACCAGGACCCCAACAGGAAGGUCAAGAGGCAAGAGUGCGGGCUGGGGACGCGGGCGCGGGCGUGGGUGUGCGUGGUGGUGGUGCUGGGCGCGGCGGCGGGCGUGGGCGUGGGCGUACCGAUGGCGCUGCGAGUGGACCCCGACGCCUCUUUCCCGCAGCGCCUCGCCUCGGCCAAGACGCUGCUGAAGGACUCGCCGCUCUUUGACGGCCACAACGACCUGCCUUGGAACAUCCGCAAGUUCAUGCACAACAAACUCCACAGCUUCAACUUCACGGCGGAACUGAAGAAGCUCCGCCCGUGGUCCAGGUCCUCGUGGUCCCACACCGACCUGCCGCGCCUGAAGGACGGCUUGGUGGGGGCGCAGUUCUGGGUGAGCUACGUGCCGUGCGAGGCCCAGCGCCUGAACGCCGUCCAGCUCACCAUUGAACAGAUCGACCUCAUCAAGCGACUCAUCGAGCAGUACCCCGAGGACCUGCGCCUCGCCACCUCCGCCGACGAGGUGGAGGCGGCCUUCCGUGAGGGCCGCAUCGCCUCCCUGAUCGGCGUGGAGGGCGGCCACGCCAUACAGAACUCCCUGGGCGUGCUGCGGGCGCUGCGGGACCUGGGCGUGCGCUACCUCACCCUCACGCACACCUGCAGCACGCCGUGGGCGGAGUGUGCACGCGCGCAGGAGACUGAUGAAGAGGACCCAAACUCCCCCCGGGGACUCACACAGUUCGGGAAGACGGUGGUGCGGGAGAUGAACCGCCUGGGGCUGCUGGUGGACCUGUCCCAUGUGUCGCAGGCCACCAUGCGGGAGGCGUUGGAGGUGUCCCGCGCACCCGUCAUCUUCAGCCACUCCUCCGUGUACGCCAUCUGCAGGAACCCCAGGAACGUGCCCGACGACAUCCUGCAGCGCGUGGCGGAAAAAGGCGGCGUGGUCAUGAUCAGCUUCUACAACUACUUCCUCACCUGUAGCGAAAAGGCGACUAUCAGCAACGUCAUAGAGCACAUCAAUCACGUGAGGAAAGUGGCGGGAGUCGAUCACGUGGGUAUCGGGGCAGACUUCGACGGGAUAAACAUGUUACCAGAGCGCCUUGGGGAUGUGUCAGGCUACCCAACCCUCUUCGCGGAGCUCCUUGGGGACUCCUCCUGGACGCUGGAAGACCUGAGGAAGCUGGCGGGUCAGAACCUUCUCCGGGUGAUGCGUGAGGCGGAGCAGGUACGCCGGGACUUACAGGAGCAAGGUUUGAGGCCCUACGAGGAGGAGCUGCCCCCCGAAGCCCCUGGUGACUCCUCCUCCUGCUUCUAUCGCUUCAGCAAGACCCCCAAUGACUCAGAGUGAGCUGUGGUGAGUCGUGUAGUGAGUCACCUAUGAAGUCACUCCGAUUACUAAGUCACAGAAGAAGACGAAGAAAGACGAAACGAAGAAGAAAGAAGACAGACAAAGGAAUGCGAGUUAAAAAAAGAUGCAAUAGAAUGAAAAGGCAAUGACAGUGGACUCAGGAAAAAAAAAAGUAGAUGGGGAGGAAGUGGAGUAGAAGGGAAAGGCAAUGGCAGAGGACGCAGGAAAAGAAAAGGUAGAUGAGGAAGAUGUGGAAUAGAAGGAAAAGGCAAUGAUAGGGGAGACAUAAAAGAAAAGGUGGAUGAAGAAACGACAAGUAAUAAAGGAUGACGAGGGAAGUGGAAGACUGAAAUACAUGUGAAAUAUGUAACGUGUUUGGUAAGUAACCUUUAUAAUGAGUCACCUGUAUAAUAAGAUACCCUAGUGAUGGCUGACCUGACUACCUGGUGACCUGUGUACUGAAAGACCUGUGUAAUACGAGAACUCAUUCCUACCUUUGUAUUGUCCACCGAGGAAAGUGGUGACGCAAUGAAGUUACCUGUAUACUGGAUGACCCGUGUAAUGAGUGAUGAAAAUGUUACCUGUAUAUAAAGUGAACUGAUUUAGAUAACACCUGUACAAUUGUCGACCUACACAAGUGGCUACCUGUGCAAUGGAUGACCUGAUUGCUGGGCUACCUGUGUGUUGGGUGACGUGUGAACUAAAAAAAAAAAAAAACGUGUACAGUUGAGAUGACCUAUGAACUUAUAAACGCAUGGAUUUGGCGUUACAGGUGAUCUGAUUAUUGGGUUACCUGUUGACUAGGUUACCUGUCUGCUGGGUACCUGUCUAGUGAGAGAUAUAUACAGUGGUUUAUAGUUUGUUUAGGGUGUUUAACUAUUGAAUCACUGUUUGUUGAGUGGACUUUGUGACAGCGGGCUACACACCGAAUGACUGUUGUUGUAUUACUUGUACAAAAGGUGUAUAUACGUAUUUUCUAUUUAUAAAGCGGAGGGAAAAUAAGCCAACCAGAUGUUAAUUGGAAAGUGCUGAAGGUGGUGGGACAGUGAGGCUCAAAGGAGGACGCUAAAAGGGAAGACCUAAAAAUGAGAGAGGGAAAAGACAGAACAAAGGGAAAAAAAUAUAUCCAAGAGAAGGGAAGAAGAAAGGACGAAGGGGGAAUAAAUAUUUUCAAACAAUCAACUCUGGGAACAAGUUUUCAUAUCUCUUGGAGUGAAGGAGAGGGAAGGGAAGGAGGAGAGAAAAAGAAGGGGAGAGAAUGUGGGGAGGAGAGAGGAAAAAAUCGUCAACCAAAGGAGGGAAAACAAACGAAGUGGAGAGAAGAGAGGACUUGUAAAAACUAG